GCUCAGUUACUGAGGGGAUGGUGGUAACUGCGGACGUUCCGACAACCGCUCUUUUAACUAUUUACUUGAUACCGUGAAUCCAACAUUUCCUAUAUUAUUUUAACUCGACAAUCCACACAAAUCGUAUCUGUUCGUUGGAAUUUAUGAUUAUUUUAUUCUCCUCUUGUGAAGUGCCCGGAGAAAAAUUCAAUUGUGGAAUUCCCAGACCUGGACAUUCCAUCGGAGGCUAAAAUAAAAUAUCAGGUCCGUCCAUUCAAAUAAGUCCACAUCAUCCCUAUGCCUGUGACCUAUUGCCGCUUUCCCCUGGGGUAAAUAUAAAGCUGACCUGACCACCACGUGCGUCAAGGAAAAAACUAUCGUAAUGGGGGGUUGACUGCUACGUCGUUCACCAAUUGCGUAUUCAUUGCCAAUCUAUGUUCAGAAGAGAAUUUGUCUUCGAGAAGACCAGCGGACGAAAGGGGCAGGUGAAUUAUCUCCUGGGGAUCAAUAUCUAACGUAACAAAUUGUGGGGAAUAUUCUGGGAAAAAAACCAAUUGAUUGGGGCUUGACGCUGCAGGUUGAUAGGGAGAUUCUGGGUUAUGAAGAAGGAGAGGGAGUGAAAUAUGAAGGGGGAGAGGGCUGUUAAUAAUUCAGACCAUGUGGCGUCUUCCAACUAUUUGGAGAACAUGGAGACAGAUGGCUUUGGGGUUGAGGCGGAAUUGACGAGUCUCUCCUGGCUGCAAUCACUGGACAUUACUAGCGCGUCGAGUUUACCUACGCCACCAUGUUCACCAUCGCCACCACCACCGGUAGUGCGACGGCCACCAAAGAAAAUGUCACCUCUUCUGAAAGCUGAAAUUGACCUGGCUGAGAAUGCUGAGAAAUACCAGACAGAUCCAGAUGCUAAACCACCGUUUUCAUACGCAACGUUAAUCUGUCUCGCCAUGCGGGCCCACAACAACAAACUCACCCUCUCCAAUAUCUACGCGUGGAUAAGGGAGAACUUCAUGUAUUAUAGAAAUGCUGAUCCGGCGUGGCAGAACUCAAUCCGACACAAUUUAUCCCUCAACAAAUGUUUCGUGAAAUUACCGCGAUCGAAGGAUGAGCCUGGUAAGGGUGGCUUUUGGAAGCUGGAUUUGGAGAGAUUAGAGGAGGGCAAGAGGACCAGAAGACGACCGACAACAUCGCGCUACAGUCGUCCGCGGAAAAAUGACAACGAAUCCGCACCCCCAAAGAAAUCCAAUCCAACACUGUACGAGACUCCCCCGAGUAGUGUUUCCCCACCGAUUCCCGACAGUCUACCGGAGGUGCCUGAAUCCACUCAAGUAAGUUUAACGGAAGACGAUCUCACGGGUUUGCUGAUCGCGACCGUCGGCUGGGACGAGAACCAACUCGAUCUUCUCGAUUCUCUCCUGGAUUCUUUAUAAAUUUUGUCGGAGGGACAUUAUCUCGCCUUUUGGAAUGAUUGAAGAAACAUUGGAGGCUCAUUAACCCAAAGAUUAAUAUUACAUUAACAGUAGUUCGAGACCAAUCAGCGUGAUGCCUAGGGAAUUUACAUCCUACUUUAAUUGAUCGCUCGAUAAGUUGAAUAUUUUUGACAUUUGACAAUUCAUGAAUGCAGAGUAAUUCGAAAUGUGCCUUUAAAAUUGAGAAAAAAUUAUAGUUCUUUGUUGAAACAGAUAUAUAUCUCAGUAGCGAAGUGAUUGAUAAUUUCACAUUUAAUCAUUUUGGAAAUGUUAAGUUAUUUAAAUAAUAAAUUAAUUGCCAGAUACCAGUCAAUUGACUUCUGAUGGCGUUUGAAGUUAUUGAGGGAAUUUGGGGUUUAAUCAUUCGUUUCCAUUGAAAUUAUUUGAAUACUGGGUGUGACAUCUUAACACUUCGCUAAUGAUCACAUUUCGAUAUAAUUGCGGCGAACAUGUUGCUGUAAAUUAUUAUUACGUUAUGUAUAUUCUUUUAUUUCCGUAUUUUGUGCAUUAAAGUACAGAGCAAACUGAGCGUAGAAUCAAAAAUAACUGUAGAAAGUGGAGAAGGGUUUUUAAAAUCAUCUUAUUUAGGGAUAGAGAUUUAAUUAACAAUAUUUUUUCGAUCAUUUGCAGUUGUUUCCAAUGUAUAAAUUGCUAAUACGCAACUAGUUACGUUUCACCACGUUUACUACCAUCAGUGUGAUGCGAUGAUUUUAAGUUGAGUGUGUUUUACUCUUGAUUGAAAAUGCCUUUCAAAUAUCCGUCCAAUUAGACAUGAAAUUAACUGUAUGAUAUACAACAAGUGAAAGAGUUCCCGCGAACCUUUCGCAUUCGAUUGGAGUGUGGAAAUAGUCAGUAAAGAUUAUUUAUAAAUAAAAUAUUUAAGAGUG